GAUUGGAGCUAGUCGGGGGCUGAGGCUGUCUCUCCCUGGGCAGGAGUGGAGAAUGGACCCUUCUCCCCAGAGGCGAGGCUCUGCCCGUCCUCCUACGACCAGGUUGAAGCCGUUCCCCACUGCCAGAGGCUAAACGUUCUGGCUGUCCACCCACCCCGGGACUGGGCUGUGAUCCCGAGGCCACAGCUCAACUAUGCGCCCGCCACCUCCCUCGGCCCACCUGCACCCCCACCUGCCCACAGGCCGUCUCCGGGCGCUGGAGCUUGCAAGGCUGCAGUCCCUGGCCUCUCCCAUUGGGAGCAGCUCCACUCCUUCCCCCGCACUGCCUGCAGCCACUGGCCCCUGAGCAGCUGUGCCCCUGGCAUCCAGAGCGUUUGGAGCAGAUAGCAUUUGGUGGGGUUCCUGCCCUGAGGUGAAACCUGCCCUCUCUCCCCAGUACCCAUGUCCCACAAGGCGGCCCACUCCGACCCUCAGAUCCCUGGUUUGGCGAAUCCUGCUGAAAGGGAGCAGUAGGAGGAUUCUCCAAAGCUUCCAGCUUGCCACCUGGAAGAAGGUCACAUUCUUUUGAUCACAGGAGAUAAUAGGAGGUACCCUGCCAGUGUUCACAUAGAGGCGGGGUUGGCACGGGCCACAAUUGCCGUGGGAGGGUUGUGGCCCCCGGGGCGGGUGGCUCGCCCUCAGCUUGCUCUGACAAAAGAGUUCUGAGUUGGUCUUUUGGCUGAGCCUGCAGAAGGAGGCAGGCUCCUGCAGGAGUCUUGGAGGGUCGGAUGCAGCGCCGGAUGAGGAUGAGGCGUGGCGGAAGAUGCGUUUGGCUCUGCAGACACUGCAUCGGGCAGCAGGGGACUCUGGGAGGCUGGUGCAGCCAGAAGGCAUGGCUCUUGACAGCCUUCUAGUAGAAUCUCUGGAAUUGUGCAUGGCAGAAGAGGAAAGAAACUAACGGGUAUUGAGCACCUACUGUGUGCCAGGCCCAGGCCAGGUCCCCCCCACCGCCAGCCAGUCUGUGCAGACUUGCUGCCUGCUCUGUCACCGGGAACGGAAAGGCUGGGAAGAAGGCCCUUCACAAAAUGGACUGGUGUUGCAGGGUGAGAAGCUGCCCCCUGACUUCAUGCCAAAGCUCGUCAAGAAUCUGCUAGGCGAGAUGCCUCUGUGGGUCUGCCAGAGUUGCCGAAAGAGCAUGGAGGAAGAUGAAAGACAGACAGGUCGAGAGCAUGCAGUGGCGAUCUCCUUGUCACACACAUCCUGCAAAUCGCAGUCUUGUGGGGGUGACUCCCCUUCCUCUUCCUCGUCCUCUUCAUCGUCCUCCUCCUCCUCCUCGUCCUCCUGCCAUGGGAACUCAGGAGACUGGGAUCCCAGCUCGUUCCUGUCGGCACACAAGCUCUCAGGCCUCUGGAACUCCCCGCACUCCAGUGGGGCUGUGCCAGGCAGCUCGCUUGGGAGUCCUGCCAUCCCGGGUGAGGCUUUUCCCGUCUCGGAGCACCACCAGCACCCAGACCUCACUGCUCCCCCUAACAGCCCCACCGGCCACCAUCCCCAGCCAGCAUCUCUGAUGCCGUCUCACCUCGGCUCCUUCGGCUCACCACCCCACUCACACCUGCUGCCCACCACCCUGGCAGCGCCCUUCCCCACCCAGGCUUCAGAGUGUCCUGUGGCUGCCGCUGCCGCCCCCCACCCCCCAGGGCCGUGUCAGAGCCCCCACCUGCCUUCCACCAGCAUGCCGCUCCUGAAGAUGCCACCGCCGUUCUCAGGGUGCAGCCACCCCUGCAGCGGGCACUGUGGCGGGCCCCUCCUCCCACCUCCGGGCUCUCAGCCACUCCCUAGCACUCCCAGCAGGGACCCAGGGUGCAAGGGGCACAAGUUUGCACACAGUGGCCUGGCCUGCCAGCUGCCCCAGCCCUGUGAGGCGGACGAGGGGCUGGGCGAGGAAGAGGACAGCAGCUCCGAGCGAAGCUCCUGCACCUCGUCCUCCACCCACCAGCGAGAUGGGAAGUUCUGUGACUGCUGCUACUGUGAGUUCUUCGGCCACAAUGCGCCACCCGCUGCCCCGACGAGUCGGAAUUAUACCGAGAUCCGGGAGAAGCUCCGCUCGAGGCUGACCAGGCGGAAAGAGGAGCUGCCCAUGAAGGGGGUUGCCCUGGGCGGGAUCCCUGGGGAGCCCGCCGUGGACCACCGAGAUGUGGAUGAGCUGCUGGAAUUCAUCAACAGCACGGAGCCCAAAGUCCCCAACAGCGCCAGGGCCGCCAAGCGGGCCCGGCACAAGCUGAAAAAGAAGGAAAAGGAGAAGGCCCAGUUGGCAGCAGAAGCUCUGAAGCAGGCGAGUCGUGUUUCUGGAAGCCGGGAACCGAAGCCUGCCAGGGAGAGGCUAUUGGAGUGGCCCGAGCAGGACCUGGAUCAGGUCAACAGCUUCCUGAGCAGCCGGCUGCAGGAUAUCAAGAACACUGUCAAGGACUCCAUCCGUGCCAGCCUCAGUGCGUGUGAGCUCGGCAAGGACAACAACGGUUUCCCUAACGAGGGGGCUGUUGAGCCUGAGCCCCAGAGUCUAACCCCCUUGAACCUCAGUGGCUCCUCGGAGCAACGGCCUGACAUCAACCUUGACCUAUCCCCCUUGACUUUGGGCUCCCCCCAGAACCACACGUUACAAGCUCCAGGCGAGCCAGCCCCACCAUGGGCAGAAAUGAGAGGCCCACACCCACCCUGGACAGAGGUGAGGGGCCCUCCUCCUGGUAUCAGCCCCGAGAACGGGCUGGUAAGGAGACUCAGCACCGUGCCCAACCUGUCCCGGGUCAUCUGGGUCAAGACGCCCAAGCCAGGCAACCCCGAGGAGCUGAGCCCAAAGGAGCUCCCCACCUGCAAGCAGGAGCUGCCUGAGCCUGUGGUCACAGGUGGGAAGCCGCGGAAGGGCAAGAGACAGGGCAGUCAGGCCAAGAAGUGUGAGGUGAGCAUAGCCCCCCGAGCCCCAGCCAACCUAGAGGCCCCCAGUGCCAAGGGCCAGGCCCCUGGCCCCAGGCAGCCAAGCAAGGGCCCAGAACCUCCCAAGGUGGGCGGCUGUGCUGAGGCUGGAGAGGGGAGCCGGGGGAGCAGGCCAGGACCAGGCUGGGCCAGCAGCCCCAAAACUGAGAAGGAGAAGGGCAGCUCCUGGCGGAACUGGCCCGGUGAGGCCAAGGCACGGCCUCCAGAGCAGGAGUCUGUGCAGCCCCCAGGCCCAGCAAGGCCGCAGAGCUUGCCCCAGGGCAAGGGCCGCAGCCGCCGGAGCCGCCACAAGCAGGAGAAGUCGGCCUCCUCCUUGGACGACGUGUUCCUGCCCAAGGACACAGAUGGGGUGGAGAUGGACGAGACGGACCGCGAGGUGGAGUACUUCAAGAGGUUCUGUUUGGAUUCUGCAAAGCAAACGCGUCAAAAAGUUGCUGUGAACUGGACCAACUUUAGCCUCAAGAAACCCACUCCGAGCACAGCACAGUGAGGCGCUCGGGGCUGAGCUGCUGCAGGGUGUCCCAAGACCCCGACUGCCAGCUGAGGUCUGGGGUUUCUCCCUCCACAUCCCCCACCCACCUGCCGAAGACCCUUCCUGCUGCCGCCGUCCUGGACCAACCAAAAGCUGAACGGAUGCUGUGCUGUGCUGGGGGCCCUCAGGACCUCGGCGGAGCCACUUCCUGGUGCUACGCAGCCUCCACACUCAGAGCCCAGGGACUGGGCUGGCCUGGGGCGGGGGCUGAUGGUACUGCUGGCCCGACACUGCUUUCUGUUUCCAUUUUGUUUUUGUUUUUGUUUGUUUUUAUCUUUUUUUUUUAAUUCUUUACUUUUGAUACUGUGAAGAUCUUUCAUGCUGAAAGAUAAAGCAACAUUUGGACACGGA